AUGGGUAAACAAAAUAGCAAACUGAAGCCUGAGGUCCUCGAAGAUCUUAAACAAAACACGGAAUUUUCAGACGCGGAAAUACAGGAAUGGUACAAGGGAUUUCUGAAGGACUGUCCCAGUGGUCAUUUAUCUGUCGAGGAGUUUAAGAAAAUAUAUGGAAAUUUCUUUCCAUAUGGAGAUGCUAGUAAGUUUGCAGAACAUGUUUUUCGAACUUUUGAUGCGAACGGCGAUGGAACUAUAGAUUUCCGGGAAUUCCUAUGCGCCUUGAGCGUUACUUCACGAGGCAAGCUUGAACAAAAGUUGAAAUGGGCCUUCUCCAUGUACGACCUUGACGGAAAUGGUUAUAUAUCUCGACAGGAAAUGCUUGAAAUUGUUACGGCUAUCUACAAAAUGGUAGGUUCCGUAAUGAAGAUGCCGGAAGACGAGUCCACCCCGGAAAAGCGGACAGACAAAAUAUUCCGACAAAUGGAUAGAAAUAAGGACGGGAAACUAUCGUUGGAAGAGUUUAUCGAGGGUGCUAAAAGCGAUCCUUCUAUUGUCCGACUUCUCCAAUGCGACCCACAGUCACAGUGA